UCCAAAACUUAUAAGUGCUUUAUAUGAAAGCCUUUCCUUUCUUUUCUUUGCAAACAUCAAAUUAUUUGCCCUGUUGUUUAGUGUAAAUUAUCAGUCUUGUGUUGGUGAGCCUGGAUUCAAAAACGUCUGCUAGUUAUCCUUAUCAAUCGCUGAAAAGUACUGAAUGAAAACAGAAACAACUUGAAUGAAUGAAUGAAAUCACUCACACACUCAGGAUACCGAACGGACUGCAAGUCAGAAAGAGUAUUGAAGAUAAGUUUAGAAACCGUCCGGCCAACUGUCUUUAAUAAUGAAGGAUCUAAACUAUAAGUUAUUCCAUGAGAGCUUGACAUCAAACAACAAUGGGACGACAGCUAUUGAAAGUACUCUUGUUAUUAUACCAUCAAUCAUCAGUGUGUACAUUUUAACUCUGAUACGUUCUCUCCAGGAUUCAAAGAAAGAAACAGUAACAAGAUCAUAUUGGUCACAGUUUUUUCUCGAGUUUUUUAUUAUUAUCAUGCCAAGCAUUAUGUGCUUCACAAUUUUGGCCGACCAUCUAGUUAUAGUCUAUGGAGCUCUUUUUCUGAUCGGCAUUGUAUUGCUACUGAAAAAUCAUGUGCUGAAGACUAUGCUCACUUCUUGCUUUGGAGAGAUACAAUGGAAAACGCAUAGAGAUAUUGUAUCUUACAGAUCUGAUCCACUUCAUCGGUCAUACAUUACCAAUUUUCGAGCUAUUACGAAUAUGUUGACAGUUCUAUGUAUCCUAGCUGUUGAUUUUCAUAUUUUUCCAAGACGUUUUGCCAAGACUGAAACUUUUGGAUAUGGUGUUAUGGAUUUUGGCGUUGGAUUGUUCAUUGUUGGAAACGCUCUUGUUCACCCUGAAGCACAAUUUAAAGUUGGGCCAAGGAUUUGGAAAACUGCACUUCAAUGUAUUCCACUGAUAUUCUUGGGAAUAGGACGUUUGAUUUUGACCAACCAAGUUGAGUACCACGAACAUGUUACAGAGUAUGGUCAACACUGGAAUUUUUUCUUCACAUUAGCGGUAACAAAAUUAGCAUGCUCAAUUAUCCUGAAAACUGUUAAAGGUAGCACAAACGUCUACUUUUUUUUCACCAUUCUAAUGAUUUGCUCGUAUGAGACAGUGUUGCAAUGUGGUCUUCAAAAAUGGAUUUUGGGUAAUGCACCUCGACUUGACUUGGUGUCAGCUAAUCGAGAAGGCCUUGCAUCAAUUGUUGGAUAUGUUGCCUUGUAUUUUGGAGGGGUAUCGCUUGGCAGAAUUUUAAGGAGGUUUGAUACUCUAAAUCCAGUAAAAAAUUUAAGACUAGCAAAAAUAUUGGUCAGUAUUUCAACAAUUUGCUGGAUUGUGACCUAUACAUGUGAUAAAACUUUUGGGAUCUCCAGGAGAUUAGCAAACUGUGGAUACUUAUUUUGGAUGAUCUCAUUUACAACAACUGUUUUAGCAUGUUUACUUGUUAUUGAAUGUUUUUCUCUCUAUCUAAAAUAUGUGAAUGUAUUUUCCAAAAGAAGUCAACCUAAUCCAAAUGUUGCAUUUGUGCCAAAUCUCCUUGCAGCUAUCAACUUUAACGGGCUUACUUUUUUCUUACUUGCAAAUUUGUUUACAGGCAUAAUAAACCUGAAGUUGAAAACGUUCAACCUCAACCCUGUUACUAGUCUAAUAAUUCUUAUUCUUUAUAUGCUUUUGAAUUGUAUGACUGUUUCAGUUUUGCACCAUAAAAAAAUAAAGCUACUGUAAUUCUACAAUGUAGAA